AUGUUAGAAAUAUCAAUUUUAUAAAUCAGUGUAAAAUAAGUUUUGGGUAAUUGUUAAAUCAACAUUGGAGUCAAAUGUGGUAUAUAUCUUAUACAUAUUUAGGUGAAAGGAAAGAAAUAUUGUAUUAAUAGUUUUUAUAAACUCAAAAAAUUAUCAAAUAUUCCUAGCCUCAUCAAUAUGGUUUUGAUACAUAGAACAUUAAAUUUGUAAAUGAAAAGUGUUAAUCAUUAAUAGCUGCAAUUUUACAUUGAAACUCCAGAUGAAUAAGGCUAUAUUAAACUUUUAGGCAGUUCUAAAUUGCUUAUAAAUGAUGUUUAAGGAAAAGAAGUUUCUCAUAAAAUUGAACUUGAACAUGGCAAUAUCAUGAAUAUAGUUUUGCGAUGUACUGAAAUACGUAAUUCUGCAAAAUAAAUACCUAUGAUUAAUAAUAGGAUUGAUCAUUAUACUAUGAUGUCUAUAAACAAAUCAGACCCUUCAAUUAAUAAAAAACGCUAUGGUAGUCCUUAAACAAAUAAAAAUCAAGCUUCUCGUUCCCCUUAACAUAAAAAAUUACCACCUUAACCAUAACCUCAACCUGUAAUGUUGUAGCAAUAAUAACCAUUUUUACAAUAACAACCUUAAUAAUAAUUACUAUAACCUACAAGCAGCAAUCUAAGUAAGAGUAGUGCUUCAAGCAUAAAACAAUAAAAAAUAUUAUUAGAUUAUAAAUAAGUUAUGCAAAACAGCAUUCUAGAUGAAAGUGAAGAAUUUCAAAAUAAUCCAGAUCAUAGAUUUGAUCAACCAUAACCAACUGUGGAAUACAAAAAUCAUAAUAGCAUUACUCCAAGAUAAAGCAUUAAAUAAAUUGAUGAAGUUUAAUUUGCAUAAUACAAAUAAAUGGUCAAAGAAUUAUCCUUAUUACUUGAUGUCUAAUAAGAUUGUGAUUCCAUUGUUUAUGCUGUUUAAUAAUUACUUUAGAAAUUCAGAGGUUAAAGUGAAUAAAUUAUGAAGAUUUAAUGUGAUAAUCAAAUCUUAUUCAGUCAAUAUAGUAGUUUAUAGUAAUAGAAAAAUCUUAUUGAAUCCAAAUCAGAUGAAUUUAAAAAUUAAAUUAGAUCAAAAUUAAAAACAUACAAACAUUUGUUUGAUGAAAAUGUUUAACUCAAAAAUCAACUUAAAGGGGAUCUUUAAAAAAUUGUUGAUCUAUUUAUUUAGAUACGGGAAUUAAAGGGGGUUCAAUAAGAAAAACUGUUAAUUGAUUCAUAAAUACAAAAUUUAAUGUAGCAAAUAGAUAAGUUGACUUUGAAUGUUGAUCAAAAAUAAUAUGAUUAUGCCAUAAUAACUGAAGAAAUUAACUUAAUUCAAUAUAAUGUAUGA